CAACUCAGAUCUCCGACUUUUGAGUUGAUUCAAUGUCAGGGGAAAAAAUUCAGUAGUGACGCAGACGGAGUAGUGAACAGAAUCUCCAGCGAUUACUACCAGUCACGACUCGUCGUAUCAGUCUCGAACACGUUAAUUGAAAUAUGGGGAGUUUGGCGGUUCUCGUGAAACAGGGGUGGCUUCGUGGUACUUUGGUGAAAAGUGUUAUCGGAGAUUCUUACAUCUCUUUCAAGGGUAUCCCAUUCGCAGCACCUCCGGUCGGGAAGUUGAGGUUUGCGGAUCCACAGCCCCCGCAAUCGUGGGAAGGGAUACGCGAGGCCAUGCAAGAAGAGCCGAAAUGCCCGCAAUUCGAUCCAUUUUUAAAAAAAAUAGUGGGCGAUGAAGAUUGUCUUUACCUGAAUGUAGCCUCGAAGUCCUUGGAAGGUUCGCGACCGGUGAUGGUCUGGAUUCACGGAGGCGCCUUCAUUUUAGGUAGUUCUAGUUACGAAAUUUAUAGCCCGGAUUACCUGAUGAAGGCGGAUAUCGUUUUCGUCUCAAUAAACUACCGGGUCGGUCCCUUCGGAUUUUUUCAGCUCGAUCACCCCGCGGCGCCCGGUAACGUGGGACUCAAGGAUCAGAUAGCCGCGUUGAAAUGGGUGAAAGAGAACAUCGCGCGAUUCGGUGGCGAUCCCAACAACGUUACGAUUUUCGGGGAAAGCGCCGGCGGUGCCUCGGUGCAUUACCUACUUCUGUCCCCGCUAGCCAGAGGUCUAUUCCACAAAGCAAUUCUGCAGAGUGGCGUGGCCUUCAAUCCCUGGGCGAGUGCCCCCUCGCCGGUCGAAACCGCUCAUCGUUUCGUAGCCGCUCUCGGUAAGGAGACGACCGAUCCUCGCGAGAUAGUCGAUUAUCUAAGGACGAUUCCCGCAUCGAAACUAGUCGAAGCGCAAACUACCAUUCAUACCGUGGAGGAGAAGCUACAGUUGACAUUCCCGUUUCAUCCAAACGUCGAUGACAAAAGUCAAGAGCCGGUAAUUCCCAGACCCGUCCGGGAGCUUGCUAAGGAAGCUGCGGAUGUACCGACGAUAAUCGGAUACAACAGUCACGAGGGCAUGGUGUUUCUUUUUGAUCUCACCGACGAGACGUUGGCUCUGGUGGAUAAGAAUUUCGAAAAAACAUUGCCACCUCACAUGGUCGCCGAAGCGCCGUCGAGAUUAUUGGAACUGGCUAACGAGUUUAGGAGAUUUCACUUUGGCGAUCUUGAGGUGUCGCAAGAUACCCUCGACUCGUACAUCCAAUGCUACGGGAACAUGCAGUUCGUUCAGGGUAUUCACGAAGUUGUGGAAAUGGAUCGAACUCGAAAGAAGUCUCCCACCUACCUCUACAAAUUUACGUUCGACAGUCCCAAAUCGCUUCAGAAAUUCCUUCGGAAAGACGAGCGGAAAGGUACGGCUCACGCCGAUGAUUUGCCCUACAUUUUUUACGCCUCUCGGGGCGGUCUUACCGGCAAACACGAGAUCGGAUCAGCGGAGAAAAUCGUUAGCGACAGAUUCGUCAGGAUGUGGACCGACUUUGCCAGAACUGGAAAUCCAACGCCGGAAAUCGAUGAUUUGAUCACCGUUCGAUGGGAGCCGGUAACUAAAGAGAAAAAACAUUACCUCGAGAUCGACGCAGAUCUCUCCACAGGCGUGAAUCCUGACGAGAAAUUAUGCGAAUUCAGCAAUCGCGUUUCACAGAUCGUGGACGACGCGGAACGUUGACUUUUAUAUAACAACGAUCAUCAAAAUGACAAUGUAUUUACCAUGCCAAAUUAAAUAAAAUUGACGUCAAUCAAUC